AUGAAAUUACUCGUUUUACUUAUGAUUGCCUCUGUCGCAGUUUGUGCUUAUGCUCGCGAAGUAUGUGAAGCAGUUCCAGAAACAGGUGGAGGUCGACCUUGUCAAAAUUGCAUCCAAGGACAAAAAGACAAAUUGACAUACCUUGAAUGGAAACAAAAGAAUUGGGAUCGUCCUGGACAACCUGACGGUACUUGCCCUGGUAACAGAAACAAACGUAUCAUUGCCGGUGCUUACUUGGACCCACCACAAGAAGGAAACAAAUGUUGUUGCGAACCUGUCAACAGUCCCAACUACCCCGAAGUCAACGUUCCAAGUGGUCAACCUGAAUAAAUAUUCCAUGGCCCUCUUUAAAUUCUUGUAAAAACAUUAAUGGACAUAAAAGAAAAUAAUAAAACAUUUUUC